GAGGGAAGGGGGUCAGCUCUGAGUGCAGCCUCCCAGCUCCCCACCGGGCCCGGGGUCGGUCCCCGCUGACCUCUCGGAGAGCGAGGGAUUGCGAGCCAGGGAGGGAUGGGAUCUGCGGGAGCCUCUGCCAAGAGCUGGCUCCAGAUCCGCAGGCAGCUCUGGGCUGCAUUUCCCCUCCGGCGCGAAGAGGAGCUGGGGUGUCCGGGGUUCACUGCUCGCUGACACCGACCCCCCGAGACCCUCAGCGGCACCGCGGGGAGUCCCAUCUCUGUGCUCCUCUCCCGCCUCCGCCGAACCCCAGCUCCUCGCCCCGAGGAAGGGUGCACGCCGCGGGCAUCUCCCAUCCACCGAAAUCUAUGAUCAGCUCGGUGUGUGUCUCCUCCUACCGUGGACGCAAGUCUGGGAACAAACCACCCUCCAAAACAUGCCUGAAGGAAGAGAUGGGCAAAGGGGAAGAGUCGGACAAGAUCACCAUCAAUGUAGGUGGCACCCGGCAUGAGACCUACAAAAGCACGCUGCGGACUCUGCCGGGCACCCGCCUGGCCUGGCUGGCCGACCCCGACGCCCAGAGCAACUUUGACUUUGAUGGGAAAAGCAACGAGUUCUUCUUCGACCGCCACCCCGGGAUCUUCUCCUACGUGCUCAACUACUACCGCACCGGGAAGCUGCACUGCCCCGCGGACAUCUGCGGGCCCCUCUUCGAGGAGGAGCUCACCUACUGGGGCAUCGACGAGACCGACGUGGAGCCCUGCUGCUGGAUGACCUACCGGCAGCACCGCGACGCCGAGGAGGCCCUGGACAUCUUCGAGAGCCCCGAGCCCGGCGGAGGGGCUGCAGGAGAGGAGCCCGAAGAGGAAGGGGGGAGGGAGAUGGCCCUUCAGCGCCUGGGCAUGGAUGACAGACCCCCAGGGGCGGCGGGGGCCGCUGGAGGAGGGGGCUGCUGCCGCAACUGACAGCCCAAGAUGUGGGCGGGGGGGGGGGGGGGGGGGGGGGGGGGGGCCGCUGGAGGAGGGGGCUGCUGCCGCAACUGGCAGCCCAAGAUGUGGGCGCUCUUUGAGGAUCCCUACUCGUCCAAGGCGGCCAGGGUGGUUGCUUUCGCCUCGCUCUUCUUCAUCCUGGUCUCCAUCACCACCUUCUGCCUGGAGACGCACGAGGCCUUCAACAUCGACGUCAACGUGACGGAGACGCUGGUGGUGGGCAACACCACGAGGGUGCUGCUGACGCACAAGGUGGAGACGGAGCCCAUCCUCACCUACAUCGAGGGCGUCUGCGUGCUGUGGUUCACCCUCGAGUUCCUGGUCCGCAUCAUCUGCUGCCCGGACAAGCUCCUCUUCGUCAAAAACCUCCUCAACAUCAUUGACUUCGUGGCCAUCCUGCCCUUCUACCUGGAGGUGGGUCUCAGCGGCCUGUCCUCCAAGGCCGCGCGGGACGUGCUGGGCUUCCUGCGGGUGGUGCGCUUCGUCCGCAUCCUGCGCAUCUUCAAGCUGACGCGGCACUUCGUGGGGCUGCGCGUGCUGGGCCACACGCUGCGCGCCAGCACCAACGAGUUCCUGCUCCUCAUCAUCUUCCUCGCCCUGGGCGUCUUGAUUUUCGCCACCAUGAUCUACUACGCCGAGCGGAUCGGGGCCAAGACGUCCGACCCCACCGGCAGCGACCACACCCACUUUAAGAACAUCCCCAUCGGUUUCUGGUGGGCCGUGGUCACCAUGACGACGCUGGGGUACGGUGACAUGUACCCCAAAACGUGGUCAGGGAUGGUGGUGGGCGCCCUGUGCGCGCUGGCCGGGGUGCUGACCAUCGCCAUGCCCGUGCCCGUCAUCGUCAACAACUUUGGGAUGUACUAUUCAUUGGCCAUGGCCAAGCAGAAGCUGCCAAAGAAGAAGAAAAAGCAUAUACCCCGUCCUGCGCCCCUGGACUCCCCCACCUACGGCAAAUCCGAGGAGAACUCGCCCAGGAACAGCACCCAGAGCGACACCUGCCCUCUGGCAGUAGAGGAGGGGGCACCUGAGCGGAAACGGUCAGACUCCAAGCAGAACGGCGAGGCCAACGCGGUGCUGUCGGACGAGGAGCAGCCGCUGUCCCCGGGCGAGGGGCCGCGGCCGCGGCGGCGCUCCAGCGACAGGAGCCAGAAACCCUCCACCUGCUUCCUGCUGCCCACGGGGGACUUCUCCUGUGCGGCCGACGGGGGCAUCCAGAAAGAUUCCUGCCAGGACACCCUUGCUUCCAGUUACCCCCAGGGUGAGGUGGUCACCUUCUCCUGAGCCCCAGCUGGAUGCAGGCAGCACCCUGGGAGGGAUGCCACCCCCAAGGGAUGCCCUGUCCAAGGGGGAGGGAUGUGUAUCCCCAGGGAUGCUCUCCCCAGGGUGGAAGGAUGCUCUCCCUGGGGCCAAGGGAUGCUCUUCCUAAAGUUAAAGGAUGCAUUCCUCCAGGGAUGCUCUCCCCAAAACCUGGGGAUGCUCUCCCCAAAGCCCAGGGAUGCUCCUCCCAAGGCCAAGGGAUGCUCUUCCCAAGGGAGAUGCUCACCCCAAGGCUGAGGGAUGCUCUUCCCAAGGGGGAUGUUGACCCCAAGGCUGAGGGAUGCUCCCCCCAAAGCCCAGGGAUGCUCCCCCAGGGCUGGGACAUGCAUUCCCCCAGGGAUGCUCCCCCCAAGGCCAAGGGAUGCUCUUCCCCGGGAGCUCCCUUUCCCCAAAGCUCCAGCUCCAUGCCCAGGGUGGGGCUGGCAGCUGGGUCCCCCUGAGAGGUGCCCCAGAGCAGCAGGGCUGGCAGGGAGCUCUGGGUCAGCCCCAUCCCCCUUCCUGGUGCCAGCCCUGCCACGGCCACGCUGCCCCAGCACCCCCUGGGCUGCCCCCUCCCCUCGCCCACGCUUUUGGCUGCACCUCACCCUGCACCUCUGGAGAUCCAGCUGCUCACCAGGACAUCUCUGUGCCGUGCUCUGACCCCUCCGUGGUCACACGGCCACUGGAACCCUUCUCUGGGCUGCCAAAGCUCCACUGCAGGAGCCACCAUCGCUCCUCCCACGGGUGCUGAUCCCACAGGCACAGGGGGAUGAGUGGGGUGCUUGGGGUGCAGGGAUGGGGAUGGGAAGCAAUAGGAGAGUGAGGUGUGGGGGUCCUGGGGGCCUGGGGGGGGGUCAGGGUCCCUCUAACGCUGUUCCAUGUCUCUGUGACCAAGGCAAUACUCCUGUCUGUCCUGUUCGCAUGCCUGUCCCACCUGUAGAGUUCCAAUAAAGACAUCCACGAGCUGAGUCAGCUCCCAGAGCCCUCCUGCCUCCCUGGUUUUUGCCUCCAGCUCUCUGCGUGCCCACAGAGUCCUGUCCCAGCCCUGGGUGUCCCUGGCAGGAGGAGUGGGGGUUUUGGCCAUGGCAUUGCCUUGAUGUUGCCUGGAUCACCUUGAGUGAGACGAUUCU